AUGGCGGAGACAAACAUCAUAUUUGACGACCGGUUCACCGUCAGCGAUGUCGACAAGGAUGGCAAGAAAUUUGACCGGGUUUCAAGAAUAAUAGCCCAAUCCAACAACCUCUCCAUGUCCCUAACCCUCGACAUUGCGAAUGAGCUCUACCCACUCGUCGAAGGCGACAUCUUCUCCCUCGCCAUCGCACGGAAUCUCGUACCGGAAGAAGCGGGCGCAGACGACGAGGAAGAAGAAGCGGCAGCGGGUGGGGCAAAGCGGGUCAAGAAGGAGUUAUGGAGGAGUGAGGAUCAGGGGUUGGCGGCGGAUUAUGAGUAUGUGAUGUUUGGAAAGAUCUACAAAUUCGAUGACUCAGGCAAGGGCGGGGAGAACGCAGAAACAACGGCGUACUUCUCGUUCGGCGGUCUCCUGAUGGCAUUGAAGGGGUCUUUCCGGCAUCUGGCGAAUGUGGUCGUGGGAGAGAAUGUGUAUCUGUUGAUGCGGAAGUAG